GGGUGAAGAGGCUUGCGGUGCCAUCAAGAGAGAAAGGGACCAUGAAGUGUUUGGCGGUGAAUGCCAGAAGGAGGUGAAGGUGCUGGAGAAGUGGGGGAAUGGGAAGGAGCCCUGGAGAGACGGUGCUGUCAAAGUGGAGAUGCCUGGUGUGGCCUUUGAGGCCUUUGGGGUGAAGGUGGGAAAGGAUGAUGCUCUGGCUGGAUCUUUCUGUGGGCCUGCCAAUGCUCUGGCUGGAUCCCUGUAUGGGCCAGUUUCUGCUCCUACUGGAUCCCUGUGUGGGCCAGUUCCUGCUCUGGCUGGAUCCCUGUGUGGGCCAGUUCCUGCUCCUACUGGAUCCCUGUGUGGGCCAGUUCCUGUUCCCACUCGAUCCCUGUGUGGACCAAUUCCUGUUCCCACUGGAUCCCUAUGUGGGCCAGUUUCUGCUUCCGCUGGAUCCCUGUGUGGGCCAGUUCCUGUUCCCACUGGAUCCCUAUGUGGGCCUCUUCCUGUUCCCACUGGAUCCCUUUGUGGCCCUCUUCCUGCUUCCACUGGAUCCCUGUGUGUUUCUGUUCCUAUUCCCACUGGAUCCCUGUGUGGGCCUCUUCCUGCUUCCACUGGAUCCCUGUGCGGGCCAGUUCCUGUUCCCACUGGAUCCCUGUGUGGGCCUCUUCCUACUUCCACUGGAUCCCUGUGUGGGCCUCUUCCUGCUCCCGCUGGAUCCCUUUGUGGGCCUCUUCCUGCUCCUGCUGGAGCCCUGUGUGGGCCUGUUUGUACCAGCAUUGAUGACGGCAAGGUGCAGCUACGUAAAGGUUUUGGGUUCCUCUCUGAAGAUAUGAAGAUCCCGGUUGUGGUUCACCCUUUGCCUCCUGGGACCCGCAUCCAGAUCCAAGGCCCUCUGCCAUCAGGCCUGCUCCACAUGCCUAAAGUGCCGGUGAAAAAAGUGCCACUUAAAACGCAGUCUUUACUGGAGCCUUCUGUAAAGAUCGAAACCAAAAACAUUCCCUUCACAGUACUCCCCGCCGAUGCAGGUAUGCCAGACACUCCAUUUAGCAAGGACAAAAAUGGCCACGUGAAGCGUCCAAUGAAUGCAUUUAUGGUAUGGGCAAGGAUUCAUCGCCCCGUCCUAGCAAAAGCUAACCCAACUGCCAACAAUGCAGAUAUCAGUGUUCAGCUUGGAUUGGAGUGGAGCAAACUGACUGAAGAGCAGAAGCAGCCCUAUUAUGAUGAAGCUCAUAAAAUAAAACAAAGGCACAGAGAGGAAUUUCCUGAUUGGGUUUAUCAACCACGACCAAGCAAAAGGAAGCGUUUUGCACUGCCUGUCUCUGCUAUAUUUCCCGGUGUUUCUCAGAGUGUCAUCACUACAAAUCCAGCUGGCAUUUGUCCCAUCCAGUCACCUGCUUACUCUGUUGUCAUCCCCAAUGUUAAGAACAGCAUUGGAUAUCCAGUCUUGAGCCCCCCAGGGAGUACCCAGGAGUUUCUAUUUUCCCUAGAGGUUUACCUCUUCCCCAGGCUACCCCUUUUCUCCACUCACAUGUCUAUGACAUUGCUCAGCCAGCUGGUCUGUUUGGAGUACCUCUUCGGUUUCCAUUUUGCCACUCUUGCAUUGUACCUGGACCUCACUAUUUCCCAUCAAGCACAUGCUCAUUCAGCCGUCCCCCAUUUGGCCGUGCGAAUUUCCCCAACUCAGUGCCUGAAUGCUUUGGCUUUUCUGAAGACAAGUACCAAAGGCAGGAAUUGAUGUUUCCAGCUCUGGAGGGAGCCUAUCCUUCCAAGGAACACCCAGAAGAAGGCACACGUGAGAACCAACACAUCUGUGUGCGCCUUGAAGCAGUAUCCUCUCACAGCAACUGGAAUGAGGGGCAGGUUGUAAGGCCCGUACC